UGUCAAUCAAAGCCCCGUAAGCGCAACUACAGUAGGAGCUUAUCGUUGAACAGAGAGCAGCGUGUUCGCAUCUCAGUCUGUAGUUUAUGCAUAGACAUCGCGAAACCUCGUUAUCUUUACUUAGAUCCUUGGCAUUCCUUGUAUUUCUGUAAUUCCUGCCUUUAUGAGAUGGAGAAGAGGGCGCUUUGGACACCCUGUUAUUUUGUGCGCUUUGUAACCCUCUUCCUCUGCGCACGAGCGUCAGUGAAUCUGCCACAGUGUAAAGAGACAGAUUACUACUUUGAGUACACAGAGUGUGACAGCACAGGCUCCAGAUGGAGAGUUGCCAUUCCUCACAGACAGGGGAGCUGCACGGGCCUGCCAGAGCCAGUCAGAGGCACAGACUGCACUUUUUCUUGUGAAGCUGGGGAGUUUUUGGAGAUGUCCUCCCAGCAGUGCACAUCAUGUGCGGCUGGCUCUUAUUCGCUGGGCAGUGGUGUGCGUUUCGACCAGUGGGAUUCCAUCCCUGCAGGAUUCAGCAGUCUGGCCACAUACAUGGACUCAGGAGGUUCAGGAGACGACUCAAUGACCUGCAACAAUUCUUCAUGGACAGCUCAGGGAACUCACUUGGAAUCCAAUCGUGACGACUGCACAGUGUCGCUGGUGUACGCGGUGCAUCUCAUGAAGCAGGGAUCCGUCUCCUUUGACUAUCAAUAUGUCGACAGCAACGUCUUCUUCGAGUUCUUUAUUCAGAAUGACCAAUGUCAGGAGAUGGACCAGACAGGGAGUGAGAAAUGGAUCAAACUCACCACCAGCGGAGAAUGGGGAACACAUACGGUAAAUCUGAAGACGGGAACGAAUAUUCUGUAUUGGAGAACCACGGGAAUGCUCUUGGGUGGCAAACCAGUGAAGCCGGUCCUUUUAAAGAGCAUCCAGAUCGAAGGUGUGGCGUACACGUCAGAGUGUUUUCCGUGCAGGCCGGGCACCUUCAGUAAAACUCCAGGCUCUUCCUCAUGUGACCUUUGUCUCAGGAAUACUUACUCUGGAAAGGGAGCCAGUUCGUGUACACAUUGCUCCGAGACACAGUAUUCCCAGGAGGGAUGGUCGCGGUGUAAAGAGAGGCCUCCUUGUUCAGAGAAAGAUUAUUUUCAGAUCCACACGGCCUGUGAUGGUGAAGGCAAGACCCAGAUACUGUACAGGUGGGUGGAGCCUCAGGUGUGUGUGGAGAAUGUGACCGGUGCGGUGACACUGCCACCUUCUGCAGAGAAAGAGGACUGUCCACCCUGUAAUCCAGGCUUCUACAUGCACAACUCUUCUACCUGUUUACCUUGCCCAAAAGGGACUUAUUCGGAUGGUACCGCAGAAUGUCAAAGAUGCCCGGGAGGAACUGAACCUUCUUUAGGAUAUGAAUACAAGUGGUGGAACAUCCUUCCGAGGAAUAUGAAAACAUCUUGUUUUAAUGUGGGCAACUCUAAAUGUGAUGAAAUGAAUGGUUGGGAGGUGGCUGGCGACCAUAUUCGUAGUGGAGUGGGUGGCUCAGAUAACGAUUACCUCAUCUUAAAUUUACGAGUGCCUGGAUUCAAACUUCCUACUUCUGUGGACGAUGCUUCAGCUACUGAGUUUGGCCGAAUCACAUUUAUCUUUGAGACCAACUGCAGCGCAGACUGUGAACUCUAUUUCAUGAUAGAUGUAAACAGGAAGAGCACAAAUGUUGUGGAAUCAUGGGUAGGGAGUAAACUCAGACAAGCAUACACCCACAUUAUGACCAAAAAUGCUUCUGUGUCUUACACAUGGGCUUUCCAACGUACCAACAAAGCCAUUGAUAUGCGUCACUAUGUAAAUGACAUCGCAAAGAUCUACUCAAUCACGGUGACAAAUGCGAUGGAUGGCUCAGCGUCGGGUUGCCACGCCUGUGCAAUGAUGAGUCAGCAGGACGGCUCUUCUUGUGUCCCCUGUCCUGCCGGACACUUCAUCAACAAAGACACUAACCAGUGCCAGGAGUGCCCGUCCAACACCUUCCUCUCCGGGCAUCACAUCUAUGGGCUCGAGGCUUGUCAGCCCUGCGGUCCUGGUAGCAAGAGCAACAAGGAACACUCUGUGUGUUUCAACGACUGCACCUUCUCGCACAUGGAUCAGAACCGAACCUUGACCUACGACUUGAGUGCCUUAAAUUCAGUGGGGUCAAUCAUGAACGGGCCUAGUUUCACCUCCAAGGGAACCAAAUACUACCACCAGUUUAACAUCAGUCUAUGUGGGGCUGAGGGGAAGAAGGUGGCGGUAUGCACUGACAAUGUCACAGAUCUGUCUAGUAAGGACGUGCAAAAUGAAUCCGCUGACCUCAACAAUUUCGUUGAGACUUUUGUGUGCCAAUCUACCAUCAUUCCUGCAGAUGGGCGGGGCUUCAGAACAGCCCUGUCGUCUCAGUCCAUCAGCCUGGCUGACACUUUCCUUGGAGCUUCUGUUGAUAACAGUCUGGAUGGGGUCACUGCCAGCACAGACCUCUUCUCUGAGUCUUCACGGAAAGUUCCAGAUAUCAACUUCUUCUAUCGCUCUCCACAGCCCACAGCAUCCUGUCUGAACGGCCGUAGCACAGUCGUGACUCUGCGUUGCAGUCCUGAAAAGAGCACACGCGGGGAGCUCACUGUGCCAAGCAAGUGCCCAGCAGGUACAUGUAAUGGCUGUGAGUUUCAUUUCCUCUGGGAGAGCUCUAGUGCUUGUCCUCUCUGCACUGAAGCUGACUAUCACUCAAUAGAAGGAGCGUGCAAAGGAGGAGUGCAGGACACUCUCUAUGUGUGGAACGAGCCAAAACUCUGCACUAAAGGAGUUCCGCUCCUGAACAAGACCUCUGCCCACUGUGAGGUGGUCGGCCAAUGGCUGAAGGCCGGAAUUGGGGGCGGAGCCUUCAUGGCCGCACUCUUGGUUUCUCUCACAUGCUAUUUCUGGAAAAAGAACAAGAGGCUUGAAUAUAAAUACUCCAGACUAGUGAUGUCAGCCAAUAAGGACUGUGAGCUGCCAGCAGCGGACAGUUGUGCACUAGCAGAGGGGGAGGGGGAGGAGAAUGAUGACGAUGUCGUUUACUCAAAUACUCCUUCGUUACUGGGUAAACUGAAAGCUAUCGCGAGCAAGGCAGAUGGAGACAACAGCGAGUCAGUACAGCUGAAGUCUUCUCAGUCAGAGAGAUGGGUUUGGGGAUAACUGGAGAAAAAGAGGACCACUGCUGAUGGAGAAAAAGAGACAAAUACUCAUGGAGUUUUC